AGGCCGCCGCGCGAGCCGCUGGAGCCGGGUCUCGGCUACGUCGGGUUCCUCGUUCCGCGCUCGCUGAGGAGCGCCGGGGGGCAUCUUCCUCCCUCCCCAAGGCGAGCGGGAAGGCGAAACCUGCCGGCGGCUGCAGGGCUUCCAGGACCGCCCGGGAGCCGCAGCUCACCCUUUCUCCGCUGGGGCGGCGGCGGCGGCGCGCAGGGGGACUUCCAGCCGGUGCCAGGAGGGAGGGGCGGCGGGAGCGGGGGCGGCCCCUGGGCGGAGCGGGCCGUGCCGGGCGAGCGGCGGAGCUCCGGAGAGGCAGCCGCGGCGGGGCCGAGGAGCACAACCAUGCGGAGCAGGAGCAACUCCGGGGUGCGGCUCGAUGGCUACGCCCGUUUGGUGCAACAGACCGUCCUCGGGCACCAGAAUCCCGUUACAGGGCUGCUUCCGGCCAGCUGCGACCACCCCGACGCCUGGGUCCGAGAUAAUGUCUACAGCAUCUUGGCCGUGUGGGGGCUGGGCUUGGCCUACCGGAAGAACGCUGACCGUGACGAGGACAAGGCCAAAGCCUACGAACUGGAGCAGAGCGUGGUGAAGCUGAUGAGGGGCCUCCUGCAGUGCAUGAUGCGGCAGGUGGACAAAGUGGAGGACUUCAAGUACAGCCAGAGCCCCAAGGACUGCCUGCACGCCAAGUACAACACGUGCACCUGUGCCACCGUGGUGGGAGACGAGCAGUGGGGCCACCUGCAGCUGGACGCCACUUCCCUCUACCUGCUGAUGCUGGCCCAGAUGACGGCCUCUGGGCUUCACAUCAUCCACAGCCUGGACGAAGUCAGCUUUGUCCAAAAUCUGGUCUUCUACAUCGAGGCCGCAUACAAGACUGCGGACUUUGGGAUAUGGGAACGUGGUGACAAGACCAACCAAGGAAUUACGGAGCUGAAUGCCAGCUCAGUGGGCAUGGCAAAGGCAGCUCUGGAGGCCUUGGAUGAAUGUGACCUCUUUGGCGCCAAGGGGGGUCCCCAGUCCGUGAUCCACGUCUUGCCAGAUGAGGUGCAGUAUUGCCAGUCCAUUCUGCACUCCAUGCUGCCGAGGGCCUCCACCUCCAAGGAGAUCGAUGCCAGUCUCCUCUCCAUCAUUUCUUACCCGGCGUUUGCUGUGGAGGACACGGCCGUGGUGGAGAAGACCAAGGAGGAGAUCAUUGCCAAGCUGCAGGGCCGCUACGGUUGUUGCCGGUUCCUCCGUGAUGGCUACCGAACUCCCAAGGAGGACCCCAGCCGCCUCUACUACGAGCCUGCGGAGCUGAAGCUCUUUGAGAACAUAGAAUGCGAGUGGCCGCUCUUCUGGACCUACCUGGUCAUCGACGGCCUCUUCAGCGGCAAUGCGGAGCAGGUCCAGGAGUACCGCGAAGCUCUCGAGGGAGUCCUGGUCAAGGGGAAGAACGGGCUGCGCCUGGUCCCAGAGCUCUACUGCGUCCCCCUGGAGAAGGUUGAGGAGGAAUACAGCCACCCCCACACCGUGGACCGCCUACCCAUGGGCAAACUGCCCCUGAUGUGGGCCCAGUCCCUCUACAUCCUGGGCUGCCUCAUGGCAGAGGGAUUCCUGGCUCCAGGAGAAGUCGACCCUCUGAACCGCAGGUUUUCCACUGUUCCCAAGCCGGUGGUGGUGGUGCAGGUCUGCCUCCUGGCCGAGACGAAGGCCAUCCAGGCCAUCCUGCGUGAGGAGGGCAUCCUGGUGGAGACAGUGGCCGAAGUCCACCCCAUCCGGAUUCAGCCAGCCAGGAUCCUCAGCUACAUCUAUGCCCGCCUGGGCUGCAACAAGCGCCUGGGCCUCAGCGGGCGCCCCCUCCGACACAUGGGGGUGCUUGCCACUUCCAAGUUCUACGACGUUCGGAACAACAUCUUUGCCUUCACUCCUGAGUUCAUUGACCAGCAGCAGUUCUACCUGGCUCUGGACAACGAGAUGAUUGUGGAGAUGCUGCGGACGGACCUUUCCUACCUGUGCAGCCGCUGGGGCAUGACGGGGCGGCCCACCAUCACCUUCCCCAUCUCGCAGACCAUGCUGGACGAAACGGGGACCACCCUCCACCCAGCCAUCUUGGCUACACUGAGGAAGUUGCAGGAUGGGUAUUUUGGAGGGGCAAGGGCCCAGACCGGUAGGUUGUCUGACUUCCUCACCACUUCGUGCCGCACCCACCUCAGCUUCAUGGAUGCAGGGCUGGAGGGUAAGCUAUAUGCGGAUGACUAUGGGCUCUGCCCUGAGAGCUUCCAAGAGUUAGACCCCGAGGACUGGAUGCAUGGCUUUCAGUUGGCAGAAGAUGCUGAAUUCUGCGAUGACAUCGCCCAGUACCUCGACCAACUUCUCCAACACUCCGCCCCACAAGCCUGCCUCCCCCCCCCAGCUCAAAAGGGGGGGCUGAAUCGCUUCCGUGCUGCUGUCCACAGCACCCAGGACCUCCUGUCCCUGAUGUCGAAGGCAAAGGAGCUGCACGUGGAGAACAUCAACCUGUACAUCCCGUCCAAGCUUCUCCUGGACGAUAAGCCGCCUGCUCACUUGCUGGGGUCGGCCCCAAACCAGGAGGUCCAGCAGCCCGUCCUCCCGGGCAAGGCAAGUCUCCCCAAGGAUGCAAGCGGGAAGGUGGACGUCCAGGCCUUGGUGAACCAGCUCCGUGGAUGCCAGACCCUGCAGGACCAAGCCAGCUGCCUGCAUCUCCUCCACACCCUCAAGGGCCCCGACUGGGACACCGAGAUCCAUGGCACCAGCGGGGCCACCGUCAAGGGCCUCCUGGGGGAGCUCUACAGCCAAGCUGGCAGGACUUGCCAGUGGGCCCUGAUCCGCUACAUCUCUGGCAUCCUGAAGAAGAAGGUGGAGGCCCUGGACGAGGCCUGCACGGACCUCUUGUCACACCAGAAGCACCUGACUGUGGGGCUGCCCCCAGAGCCUCGAGAGAAGACCAUCUCGGCCCCCCUGCCCUAUGAGGAGCUCACCCAGCUGAUAGACGAGGCCAGCGAGAAGAACUUGAGCCUCUGCAUCCUGACGCAGGAGAUCAUGGUCUACCUCGCUAUGUACAUCCGGACGCAGCCGGCCCUCUUUGCGGAGAUGUUCCGCCUGCGGAUCGGGCUGAUCAUUCAGGUGAUGGCGAUGGAGCUGGCCCAGUCGCUCUGCUGCUCGGGCGAAGAAGCUGCCGAAAGCCUGAUGAGCCUCAGCCCUUCCCAUAUGAAGAACCUUCUUCAUCACAUCCUCAGUGGCAAAGAAUUCGGCGUGGAGCGAAGUGUGCGGGCUACGGAUUCCACCUUGACCCCAGCGGUUUCCAUCCGGGAGUUUGGGGCUGUGGGAGCCACGAAGUCGGAGCGUGCCGGCAUCGUUAAGCUCAAGAGUGAGAUCAAACAGGCUGCGGCCCUGCAUGCCUUGGAGGCCGGAGCACGCCCUGCCCAGUUGUCCGGAUCCUUCCUGGCUCCAGGCAGAAGAGAUCCCACUCAGGCCCCCGUGGAUUCCUCCGCCAAGGACGGGCGCCAAGGGCAGUGGCUGCGGCGGCGGCGGCUGGAUGGGGCCCUCAACAGAGUCCCAGUGGGAUUCUACCAGAAGGUCUGGAGGAUCCUGCAGAAGUGCCACGGGCUCUCCAUUGAAGGCUUUGUUCUCCCUUCUUCCACCACCAGAGAGAUGACUCCUGGAGAAAUCAAGUUUGCUGUCCACGUUGAGUCCGUGCUAAACCGAGUCCCUCAGCCCGAGUACCGGCAGCUCUUUGUAGAGGCUAUCCUGGUCCUGACGCUGUUGACAGAUGCUGAGGGUCCCAGCAUCGGAGGCCUGGUAGCCGUGGACAGGAUCGUGCACGUCGCAAACGACUUGUUCUACCAAGAGCAGAAAAUCCUGGGGGCCGAUGACCCCAUGCUGGAGAGGGACCCGGCCACUGGCAUUUGCAAGCUGCUCUACGACAGUGCGCCAAGUGGCAGGUUUGGCAGCAUGACCUACCUCUCCCGAGCUGUGGCCACCUGCGUGCACGAGUUCCUCCCAAGCGGUGGCUGCAUCACGCAGUGAAGCCGUCUCGGCUCCGUAGCGCCAAGAGCCCCCUUGGGGUGCAAUUCCCCGCACCCUGGAAGCCAGCAGCACAGCCAGCCGCUUUCAAGAACUGCAGCCAGCCAGAUGUGGACUCGGAGGGGCCUGGCCGAGACCUUUCCCUCUCCUGAGACCAGAAGCCAGGGGUUGCUGUUGGAUGGCUCUGGAAGCUGGAGGACUUUGCUUUCCACCUGAACCAGGAGCCACACUCUGUUCCCCGGGAGGAUCCCUCCCUUUGAGGGGCUUCCCUUAGCUCCUCUUCCCUUGAAGGGACCUGGAGGGCAACGCCAUUCCCUUCCCUGCUGGGAGGGAGGCCACUCGUGCCUGCCAGAGGGUCUUUUCUGGCAGAAAGCCCCUGAUCUCUGGCACCUGCAGGGGGGUGGGGGUGGCAGGGGCUGGUUGGGCGAGGGGACUUCCCUGGGGAGGGGGCUGAUGGCAGCAAAGUGCAGAACCUCAGGAGGGGCCCCUCUUGGCCCCCUUCACCCCUGGUCCCCCUCGGGAGCCCUUUGGGUGGGGUGCUUGGGGGCCGCUCUGGCUCACCCGCUGCACUCCGGGGCUCCUGAGGCCCCCCACCACGGAGGGGCCCCCUUUGGCUUUGCGCCACACAUUCUGGCCCCGUGGGGAGCCGCGGGCUGCGCGUCUGGCGCCUGGCGUGGCUUUCAAUAAACCGCUGAG